AUGGAGAAUGACCUCGACGGAAUGGCUACAGGGUGCACUAGAACGCGUACUCUUGUCGUCGAUGAUAAUGGGACAAGAUUACGUCCCAUUUUGGUGCUUGUUGCUUUGAGUGUCUACGGAUACUGUCAACGGGGAAACCUAUCACGAAUGCGGAGUCGCGCAAAUCAAGCUGUCACUAGUGCUAUGGAUCUUCAUUUGCGUAAGUUGGAUGACACAGCAACAGAGGCACAACGUCGGAAAUGA